CCUUCUCUCCCUCCCGUCCGAUCAGGCUAUAAAUUCCCCGCCCCUCCCGUCUUCUCUCCUCACAUCUGAUCCAGUCCAAUCCAGCCCCCCCUCCGAUCUCGCCGAGAAAUCUCCUCCGAUCGAAGCGAAGCCAAGGCUCUCUCGUCCUCCUCCGCAAGAUGCAGAUCUUCGUGAAGACCCUUACCGGCAAGACCAUCACCCUUGAGGUCGAGUCCUCUGACACCAUCGACAACGUCAAGGCAAAGAUCCAGGACAAGGAGGGCAUCCCCCCGGACCAGCAGCGUCUCAUCUUUGCUGGCAAGCAGCUCGAGGAUGGCCGCACCCUUGCGGACUACAACAUCCAGAAGGAGUCCACCCUCCACCUGGUGCUCAGGCUCCGUGGUGGNAUGCAGAUUUUUGUCAAGACCCUGACCGGCAAGACCAUCACCCUGGAGGUCGAGUCGUCUGACACCAUUGACAAUGUGAAGGCCAAGAUCCAGGACAAGGAGGGCAUUCCCCCGGACCAGCAGCGUCUCAUCUUCGCUGGCAAGCAGCUUGAGGAUGGCCGCACCCUUGCGGAUUACAACAUCCAGAAGGAGUCCACCCUCCACCUUGUCCUCCGCCUUCGUGGAGGCAUGCAAAUCUUUGUCAAGACCCUCACUGGCAAGACUAUCACCUUGGAGGUGGAGUCAUCUGACACCAUCGACAACGUGAAGGCCAAGAUCCAGGACAAGGAGGGCAUCCCCCCGGACCAGCAGCGCCUCAUCUUUGCUGGUAAGCAGCUUGAGGAUGGCCGCACCUUGGCAGACUACAACAUUCAGAAGGAGUCAACCCUUCACUUGGUGCUCCGUCUCCGUGGUGGCCAGUAAGCUCUGGCCAUGGAGCUGCUUCUGUUAUCUGUCUUCGGUGUCCUCCAAUGGAGUCUGGUCUGUGUCUGUCGUUGCAUGAACUGUCUUUGUUUCUAUAUAUAUAUACCAUACUGUGAUGCAGUGUUAUUGUUUGUAAGUGCAAACUUCUGCUGGUGUGCAGCAGCUUUGAUGAACUUCAGAAUAAGUGAGCCCUGAAUUCGGUCCAUAAUUCUGUUUGUAUUGCCUGAUGUUUGCUGUUGUGUUAUACCGUGGUUUCUUGCUA